ACGCCAGCGGCUGCAACCGGACUUCAAGUCCGCAAAUCUACUACAUAAUCCACUCCGAAUCUUGAGGUACACGUUUAUGUCCCUGGUCUCCAGCAUAAACGCUUUCAUCCUCGUUGCAGCGGCGUUGAUCCUCUCCUGCUGACGAGAGCUUCCACUGCCGCGUUAUUGCCUUCUGACAAGCACCGGCUACUGACCUCCGACGGUCCAGAUUCCCCCACGUGGAACCAAUAGUUGGUCAGUGCUGCUUCACGGCGAUUCGCCGAUGCCUUCCCGGCUCUCCCUCCCUUCUCCUUUUCGCCCCCAACUCUUCUCAGAGAAGGAGAAGGAUAGAUUCAGAGGAGAAGAAAGAUGCGAACUACCACCCCAGAUGAGUACUAAUUUCGAUUUCUGGCUAUCUUUUGGAUUCAGUUUUCGGUGCUGAAUUUAUGUUUAUGGUCCUUCAAUUUAUGUCAAAAUACCAUUUUUUGUGGGGAACUAUAUUAGUUUUGUGGAAACCAUAGUCCCAUUUCCUGCAUUAGAAUCAUUCAGAGAUGGAAUUUCUGCACCCAAAAUGCCAUCUUUUAGAGAACCCGUGCUUCGUUUUGCUUUCGGAUCCUGAAAGCUGACCCCCCCCUUUCUUUAGUAUGAUCCCUGGUUUUCUACGAUACUCGGAGGCCAGUUCUCGCUUUCGCACCCGAUGGAUAGCGCCCAGGGAGGCAGCAACCACCUCCCUGCCGGCCCGGAUCAUUCUGCUGUGCCGGCGGCGCCAAGGGGCCCGGACAAGGGGAAGCGGGAUGAGUGGAGCGAGAGCGGUGUGCUGUGUUUACUAGAGGUUUAUGAGUCAAAGUGGCUGCUUCGGAACCGGGCGAAGCUGAAAGGGAGUGACUGGGAGGACAUAGCACGCCAGGUGUCUGCUCGGUGCUCGGGGAUGAAGGGCCACAAGACCCCUAGUCAGUGCAAGAAUAAGAUCGAGUCCAUGAAGAAAAGGUACCGGGCAGAGUCGGCCGCUGCUCACGAACCCAACUCACGCUCUUCGUGGCAGUUCUAUGCCCGUAUGGAUGGCUUGCUGAAAGGGACCCCAAAUUGCUCGGCUCAGCCCAAAUCCCAUCAUGAUAUCAAUCUCCAGGCUCUGCCAAAGGUGGAGAACGAGGUCGAAGUAAUGGGGCGCUUGCAGGAUAGCAACCAAGAUGAUGCGUCAAACACGUCGCCCGUCGACGGUGAAGCUGUUAAGAAUGACAACGUUGAUAAGAAAGAGAGCAGGGGUGAUAGCGAUGGGAGUGCCCCGAGAAGCAAGGCGGCCAAUGCUGAGGAUAAGGCAGGGAGGGAUGGUAAUCCAUCCAAGAGGAGGAAGGAGUCAGGAAAUGAGGUGGCUGAUAGCAUUAGGUUGCUCGCCGAAUCGAUCUUGAAAGUUGAGCAGGCGAAGAUGGAGAUGUACAAGGAUUCUGAAAGGAUGAGGGCUGAUGCAGAGAUUAAGCGUGGGGAAAUGGAGCUCAAGAGGACAGAAAUUAUAGCAAAAACCCAGCUGCAGAUCGCAAAGCUUUUUGCAAAGAAGUCACAGGGGAGAAGCAGUAAGACUGAGGGCUCAUCUUUAAGAACUGAAUUUGAUAUGCUGCCAACGAGAGAUGGAACGGAUGAUUAGCUGCAUGAAGUGGAUUCUGUUCAAAGCAAUGGUUCGUGUCGCUUUGUUCCCAGAAGCGCUAAUAUCCAUUGAUUUAAUCUCCAAUAUUUCUGUGCUGUAUAUACCAAUGUAUCAAUCAAUGUGUACUAUCAACAAUGCCAAAAAACUGAAGGGAGAAUUUGCCUCCCCUCAGAAGGAUAGCAAGUGCAGCAAUAGGUUAAAUAACUAAUAAAAUGGUGGCUAAAUCUUGAAUGCUGAGGACUUUUUUCAGCUCUCAAAUAUGCAGGUGCUUGGGCUUCACAUCUGUAAACUUUGUACAAUUAUGUAUCUUGGAAAACAACGGCAGGUAACUAUUCUCUUU